AUGAUUGAUAAGGAGACUGCUACCAUUAGAAAUAUCAAACUAUUACUGUUUGACUGUCCACAAGUUAUAGAGACGUAUCAAAAAAAUCUUGCUGAAUUAAAUCCAAUCGUUAUCGACUCAUCUCAUGAUGACAAAUACAGAGAGUCUCUAGCGAAUUCGAAAGAAAUUUGGACAGAGUUAAAGGAUGCUUUACAAGAUGCCAGAAUAGAUGUUGUACUUGAUAAGCAGAGCGAAGAAGUGAAAUUUUGGUACUUAAGAACUGUCAGAGGCAUACUACUGCUAAUGAGAAAUUUGUCCGCAAGUAAUCAAGAUAUUCCUCAAGAGUUAUUGCUACAAAAUCUAACCGUUCGAACGUUCUUGAAGGUUAUCCCACAUGCUUCCACCUAUGAUGAAAUGGAAACUUCGAUCUAUGUUACAGCUUUAGGUUUCCUUCAUAACGUUACUAAAAAUGCUGUGAUAUUCGAUAAGUCUUCGCUAGAUUGCUUAAUGGAAUUUCUGGAAUACCCAAUAAAUCAUUCUAAUAUGACUGAUGAUAUUUUAUUUCCUUAUAUGUUAUACCUUUUAAAUAUGACAAAAAACGAUGAUUUUCUAUAUUAUUUCUUUAGACAUGAUGACAAGGAUUUAAUAUUUUAUGAUUAUUUGGUAGAGACGCUUAUUCGUAAGCAUACGAAGAUUUUCAAUCAUAUUGAAAAUGUUCACGAAGAUCAAAAAGGAGAAUAUUACGAAACUACGUUGGAUACAAUAUUAUUAAAAUUCUUCAAGAAUAUCGCAUCUAAUGAAUCAUUUGCUCCCUACUUUGAGAAUAUUGAGAAAAGGGAUCGUGCUAAAUUUUUAAACAUUCUGAAGUUGAUGCAAUUGACAAUAACAAGUAGUGACAAAUGGGAUAAAUUUGAAUUAACAGCCAUCAUGACAUGGGUAUUCCGUAUAUUUCAAGAGACUUCUAAUGAAGUGAGCGAAUACUUUAAAGAGCAUGAAGAUAAUGAAACAGAGGCAGAUUUUUUGCAUAGUAAAUUAAACAUAUCAUUAGAUAUUAUAUGUUCGUUAACCAAAUAUGAGCAUGUUCAAAAAUUCAUUUUAUUUUAUAAAGGGUUAGAAGAACUGAUUUCAUUAUUAGGACUUCUCCAAAAGGAAUUAAUUAGAGUGAAUUUUUUCAAAGACAAAAAGACUAAUACAACGGACAUUAAGACUACGAAUGGUAUGGGAGAAAAAGUUUCUGAUACGUCAUUAAUAAGGAGAAGAGUGGAUUAUGAUAAUUACAAAGUCAAAUCAACAAACUUUCCUGAAUGUAAAUUAUUAAUUAUUGAAAUAAUGAGUAUGUUAACUCAUAAUAAAUUUGAAAUUCAAGAAAAGAUCAGGGAACUUCAUGGAUUGGAGUUAGUUCUUUCGAACUGUGUUAUUGACGAUAAUGAUCCGUUUAUUAAGGAAAGAAGUAUUGUUUGUAUCAGGUUUUUAUUAGAAGGAAAUGAAAAGAACCAAGAAUUUGUUGCCAAAUUAGAAGCUCAAAAGGCUGUCCAAGAUGAAACAUUAACAGAGGCAGGUUAUGAAGUUAAAUUUGAUAAAAGUGGUGCUAUUGGUUUAGCUCCCACAGAAAAUCGUACUGAGAGAAGGUGA